GUCUUUGUUGCGCGCCCGGCGCGGCCCACGCGGCGAGCAACCCUUUGCGCGGGCGCACGGCAUGCGUCACCGGCGCCAGCCGAGGGAUCGGGAAGGGCAUCGCCAUAGCCUUGGGCGAGCUCGGCGCCAGAGUCUUCGUGACAGGACGCCGGAAGCAGGCCAUCGAAAGCACGGCAGAUCUGGUGACACGCGCAGGGGGCACGGGGGUGCCACUGCUUUGCGACCAUGGUGUGGAUGAGGAGGUGCAGGCGGUCUUCGACCAGAUUGGCUUGCAGAGUGGUGGGAAAUUAGACAUCCUUGUGAACAAUGCCUUUCAGGACCCGGCGCAGAAAGAUCCCAAGAGUGAUGAACUCCUGAGCAAGGGAGCGAAAUUCUACGAGCUGCCUUUGAGAGUUUGGGAUGAUGUGCACCGAGUUGGGCUGCGCUCCCACUACGUGGCCUCAUACUACGCCGCGCCUUUGCUGCUGUCGGCAGCCAAAGAUGAGAGCGGUCUACGUCCUUUGCUUUGUGUUACCUCUGCGCCAGCAGCGGUGACAUAUUACUAUGCAACUGCCUAUGGCGUGUCGAAGGCUGCCAGCGACCGACUGGUGCGUGAUCUGCAGGUGGAGCUGGGCCCUCAAGGCAUCGAUUGCGUGAGUAUUUGGCCGGGGGUCGUCUACACCGAGUUCGUCCAGUCCCUGUAUGAGAAGGGCGACACUGAGCGCAUCAACCGCGUGACUGGCGGUCGUGACCCCAACGUGGUUUGCGAGAGCCCGCUACUCACGGGCCGCGUCAUUGGGCGCCUGGCAGAGGACCUCGAUGCACGGAAGAGCGCGCUGAGCCGCAUGGCCGACGAGAUUGGACAGCUAUGUCAAACACAUGGUGAAAGGGAUGGCCUCCAACCUAGCAACGGUCUCCAACCUAGAAGCGAUGGCGUCCAACCUACUAGAGGGACGGUAGAAUGA